ACCACCAGCACAAUCAAGUAAAUUUCCAUCAGAUCGCCCGUGGUAAAAUCGAAAGCCAUGGAAUCCCAAAACAAAGAGCUUGGAGCAACAAGACUCCUCGAUGCUCAGAACCAUAUAUGGAAACACACAUUCAGCUUCAUAAACUCAAUGUGUCUCAAGUUAGCCACAGAAUUAAACAUCCCAGAAACCAUUCACAAGCAUGGCAAGCCCAUGCCUCUGCCUCUUCUCGUCUCUUCCCUGCAAAUCCACCCCUCCAAAUCUCCAAACGUUUAUCGCAUAAUGCGACUCCUCACCUACUCUGGCUUCUUUUCCCUCCAGAAAGUUUCAGAAACUGAUGAUUCUUCAGAACAAGGCUAUGUCCUAACUGAUGCAUCCACCCUACUUCUCAAGGACCAUCCCUUAAGUACCACCCCUUUCUUCCUUGUUAUGGUGGAUCCCAACCUAAAAAGGCCUUGGUAUGAGCUCACCAAUUGGCUCCAAACUGAUGAUUAUCCGUCGCCGUUUCACAUGGCGUAUGGGAAGAAGAUUUGGGAGCAUGCCAAGGUUGACCCUAAUUUUAAUCAUUCUUUCAAUGAAGCUAUGGCCAGUGAUACGAGACUGGUGAUAAGUGUGGCGAUUGACACCUGCAAAGAGGUGUUCAUGGGAAUAAAGUCCUUGGUGGAUGUUGGGGGUGGCACUGGGGCUACAGCUAAGGCCGUUGCUGAAGCCUUUCACGACAUAGAAUGUAUUGUGUUCGAUCUCCCGCAUGUUGUCAAUGGCUUACAGGGUAGUGCGAAUCUCAACUUUGUGGGAGGCAACAUGUUCGAGGCGAUUCCUCCAUGUGAUGCCAUACUGAUGAAGUGGAUACUGCAUGACUGGACGGAUGAGGAGUGUGUGAAGAUUUUGAAGAAGUGCAAGGAGGGAAUUGGGAGCAGAGGGAGAGAUGGGAAGUUGAUAAUAAUAGAUAUGGUGUUGGAGGAUGACGUGGUAGCCAAACGCAGUAAAUCAGCUGAGAAUCAGUUGUUGGUGGAUGUGCUGUUGAUGGUGCUGUAUCCUGGAAAAGAGAGGACUGAGAAAGAGCUCGCCAACUUAUUCCGUUCUGCUGGUUUUAGUGAUUAUAAGAUUCAUCCAGUUCUAGGUUCCAGAUCCAUCAUCGAGGUUUAUCCAUGAAAUAUUAAUUCUCUUGCAUAUGAUUAGAACUAGCAGCAUUAAUUGCUUGUUAUGAAGUGGAAUAAGACUGUUGGACAGGAAAAGGAAGAAGAAAGGAAGUGGAAGAAGGUCCAUAAGUAUCGCUUUGUCAUCUACAUUAUGUAUUUAUUAAAAUAAUGUUUGUGUUUAACGAGAGCUUUUAAUAGCUUAUCAAGAUAAA